GUUUGUUUACAUCUCUAGGAUAUCUUAUUAAAAAAACAAGAAAGACAUUAAAAUAGGGAUUCCCAUCCUUAAUUUAGUAAAUGUCAUGUAGAUGAUCUAAAAUGUGUGAACAGUUGAUGAAAUUAUUGUUUAUAACCAUGGGGUUCCAGUUCUUCAUGAACCCGCUUGUCGGUGCCAUUCCGCUAAGCAAUUCUGUGCUUUAUAAAGAUUCAGAUCCUAUUGUUCAAAUGAAUGUUGCCAACUUCCAAUCAACUAUUGUUGCCACCAGCAAUGCUUGGUUAGUUGAAUUUUAUAGUAGUUGGUGCGGACAUUGUAUAGAUUUUGCCCCUGCAUUUAUCCAGCUUGCCAAUGAUGUAAAAGGCUGGGAGAAGGUGAUUACUGUGGGAGCAGUAGACUGCGCCAAGGAUGAAAAUAUUCCUUUAUGCAGAGAUUAUGAAAUUAUGGGCUAUCCAACCCUCAAAUUCUUCCCUGCCUUUACUGACAUCACUCAACUGGGUGUCAUAAGAACAGGUGGUAAAAAAGUAGAUGCCAUUCGUAUCAGCAUGAUUGACUACAUUGAACAACAAUUUAUGGAAAAAAAAGCUCCUCCUCAUUGGCCACUACUAGGCCCACUCCAGAACGAAACGAUCGACGAUUUAUGGAGUCACUACAACAAUAAUGAAAUUAUUCUUCUCUUUGAAGCGGCGAACAAUACCAAAUACUGGUCAAGGGAAGCAAUCAUGGAUGCUCAUCAGCAUGCUCCACAUUAUCCGCCCAUUCGCCGAGUGAAUGCGAUGCGUCAAGAUUUGAUCACGAAGUACAACGUCCGAAGCUUACCAGCUUUUGUUUUUCUGGAACGUACGGGUAAAUCUGAAGUCUACCAAGUCCAGCCUGACCGAGAAUACAUGAAGAAGAUUAUGCAGAAAUUUUUUUAUUCUGAGAAUGAAGGGUCCGUUGUUAUUCCCAAGUCAGCCCAUACCACUCGGGAACCGCAUGUCGUACAUGAAGAUGUAAAAGCUGCCAAAGACUUAGUUUAUAUGGCUGAUUUAGAAGGGGCGCUGCUGUACGCAUUUGGACAUGAAGUCAGUAUUCAUAAGCUAAUUGCUGGCAAAGAGCUUAUUGCACUUAAAAAGCUUGUCGACGUACUUGAUCGGUAUUUUCCUGGUCGUGCUGCAAUGAAAGAAACUAUCCACACCCUUGGACGAAACCUGGAAAAAUAUAAGAAACAAAUUCGCGGAGAAGAAUUUGCCGAAUUAUGGCGCAAUGCACUUAAUGGUAGAGAAACAAAUCAAGAAUGGGUCGGAUGUCGAGGAAGCCGACCGAAUUUUCGAGGAUAUCCAUGCGGUUUAUGGACCACAUUUCAUACUCUGACUGUCAGCUAUGCGUUGAAGCAUCCAGAUAAUUCUGAAGUUAACCCGGCUCUUGUACUGCAAGCGAUGAAGGGUUUCAUCAAAUACUUUUUUGGAUGUGCCCAUUGUUCUAAUCAUUUCAUCGACAUGGCCGAGGAUGAACUAAAUUCAAUUGAAUCAGUAAAAUCACCGAGGCAAGCUGUUCUUUGGUUGUGGGCGGCCCAUAACAAGGUUAACCGAAGAAUCGCCAGCGAUGCCAGUGAAGACCCAAAAGCACCCAAAAUUCAAUUUCCUGCAUCCCAAAACUGCCCUGGAUGUCGAGUAGACGGUGUCGAGAGGGAAGAGGCUGUCUAUGACUACCUGGUCAAGCUCUAUAGUUCCGAAAACAUCAGUUCUACUGGCCUACUUGUACAAAUAUCUCCCGCAAGGUCGGGUAGCUCUAGGAUCCAAUCUAUCCCUUUGGGCACCCUAACAUUCACCAGUUACGACAUAAGCCUUUGCGCCGCAAUUUAUCUGGUCUCUUCGCUUAUAUUAAUGUUUGUUCUUUGCCGCAUCCUGGUCAAAAAGCGUCGCAAUGUUCGUAAACAGGUUUACGAUGUUUGCGGCAAGCUCAUGUGAGUAUUCUUCGUAGAAGUUUGAUAUCCUGACAAAUGCUAUUGUCAAUUUUAUUGAAAGUGGUAAUCAAUACAAUGCGUGCCCGUGAUUAAGUAUAUGAUAGCUAAAUCAAACCAUUUCCAUAUUUGUUGCUCCAUUGAAUGUUUGAGCUCCGUAUAUGGGCAAGUUUAUGUAAUGUCAUUUUUGGGCUUCCUGAAGUGUAUUGUGUAUUUUUUCUUCAACAUCGUAUAUUUUAUCAUAAGUACAUUUUUCACAGUGCAUAACUGAAUAUAACCAGCGAUAAAUAA